AACUGGUAGUAAAUUAUAUUCCAUCCUACAGCAUCAUCGAUAGCGCAGUCACUCAAUAAAGUUUAGUGAAUGAGUAAGGCCAAUGCUAUUCUUCGUGAACAGAAUACCUUCGGUUUAGCGGAGGAGGCUGUUGAAUUCAUGGAAAGAGGAGGGUUGUGGGUAAAGGAGGCUGUGUCUGUGUUGAUGUCAGAAGAAUGAGAGUUGGAGAAAAGUAUGGAGGACAAGAGGAGGUAGCACUUAUACCAACUGACAUCAUGUAGAAACAAAUUACACUGAAAAGUUGAGGAAAAAAAGUCUUUUUCCGACGGAGGCACAGCUGUCAGUAUCUGAAGAGAUCGGUUUGAGUUAAAACGGCUGCUUCACUCGUUUCCCAGCGGGAAUGUGUUUGGAGUUUACAUUGCAUUUGGUGAAAAAGAAACAUUUUUUUUUUAUUGUCAUGCUUGUUAUUGAAAAUAAUACAUUUGAAAUUGACGGGAGAGCCAGUCCAGUCCGCCAAAAUUGGGAGAGCAAAGAAAACGCCCUCUUGCUUUGAGCUUAUUAAAACCCUUUAUGCCGGUGAAACAAGUACUUUUUCAAAAAUGUUAGAGCUUUCCCAUAGACGCGGUGUCGUUUGGGGCAGUGUUUAAUUUUUGUCGGUUUUUUUUUUUCUUUCCCCCACCCUGACCAGAGACAGUCAGUUUCUCAGGGCGGCCUCUCUCAGCCUCGUUUUUUAGGCCCAGAGGCACUGACUGACAACAAAGAGAUAGUUUAAAAGAGAAAAUUCUCAGGAUUUUGAUCAAGGAAAGGAUUACACUAUUUGUGGAAAGGGACAUACUUGUUAAAACUGUUAAAAUGUCGGCCUCGGCGGAGAAAUGUGUAGAAACCCGGCAGAGACAACUGGAAGCCAUGAUCAAGGACCCCAGGUCUCCGAUCAAUUUUGAAAGUUUACUGGAUUGCAUGAAUGCCUUAGUUUUAGAUUUGGACUUCCCUGCACUUAGGAAAAACAAAAACAUAGAAACAUUUAUAAUGAGAUAUGAAAAAUUCAUGGGAAAGAUCCGGGAGCUUCAAAUGAAAGUGGAGGACUAUGAUGUGGUGAAAGUAAUCGGAAGAGGGGCUUUUGGAGAGGUCCAGCUGGUGCGGCAUAAAGCAUCCCAAAAGGUUUAUGCGAUGAAGCUCCUUAGUAAAUUUGAAAUGCUCAAGAGGUCUGAUUCAGCUUUUUUCUGGGAAGAAAGAGAUAUCAUGGCUUUUGCAAACAGUCCUUGGGUUGUACAGCUAUGUUGUGCCUUUCAAGAUGACCGGUAUCUCUACAUGUUAAUGGAAUACAUGCCUGGGGGUGACCUGGUGAAUCUCACAAGCACCUAUGAUGUGCCGGAAAAAUGGGCCAAAUUCUACACAGCUGAAGUGGUGUUGGCCCUUGAUGCUAUUCACUCCAUGGGCUUUAUACACAGAGAUGUAAAGCCUGACAACAUGCUGCUAGACAAAUAUGGACACUUAAAGUUGGCAGACUUUGGCACAUGCAUGAAGAUGGAUAAAACAGGGAUGGUAAGGUGCGACACUGCAGUGGGGACCCCUGAUUACAUAUCUCCGGAGGUGCUGAAAUCCCAAGGAGGAGACGGUUACUACGGCCGGGAGUGUGACUGGUGGUCCGUAGGGGUCUUUAUUUUUGAAAUGCUGGUUGGCGACACUCCUUUUUAUGCUGAUUCUUUGGUGGGAACAUACAGUAAAAUUAUGGAUCACAAGAACUCCCUGAACUUUCCAGAUGAUGUUGAAAUCUCUAAACAUGCCAAAAGCCUCAUAUGUGCCUUCUUAACAGAUAGGGAUGUGCGUCUUGGGAGGAAUGGAGUGGAAGAGAUAAAAUGUCAUCCUUUCUUCAAGAACGAUCAAUGGACAUUUGACACCAUACGUGAGACUGCAGCCCCUGUAGUGGCAGAAUUAAGCAGUGACAUAGACACAAGUAACUUUGAUGAGAUUGAAGAUGACAAGGGAGACGUUGAAACUUUCCCUGUCCCCAAAGCCUUCGUUGGAAACCAACUGCCUUUUGUAGGAUUUACAUACUUCAGGGAUAAUCAGUUGCUAAGUGACUUAAAGCCUUCCUCUGUAGAAAAUGAGCGUUUGACUUCAGAUAAAGGGGAGGACAGUGUCGUGUGUGCACAGCUGCAGAAGAAGCUGCAUCAGAUAGAGGAGAAGCUCAACAAUGAAAUGCAAGCCAAAGAUGAACUGGAGCAGAAAAGCAGAGCUGUCAGUAACCGUCUUGAAAAAACUUCUAAAGAGCUGGAUGAAGAGAUUAGCUCCAGAAAAAAACUUGAAUCAAAUCUAAGGCAGUUGGAAAGGGAAAAAGCGUUGCUGCAGCACAAGAAUGUGGAGUAUCAAAGGAAGGCUGAAAACGAGGCAGACAAAAAACGUUGCCUUGAAAAUGAUGUUAACAUCCUAAAGGAUCAACUAGACGAUUUGAAGAGGCGGAAUCAGAAUUCUCAAAUAUCGAAUGAUAUGAAUAUACAAUUACAAAGACAGCUGGAUGAAGCAAAUUCAUUGUUGCGCACAGAGGCUGAUACAUCAGCCAGGCUGAGGAAGAACCAGACAGAGAUGACAAAACAAUUACAACAGCUGGAGUCAAACAAUCGGGAAGUGCAGGACAAAUGCUGCAUGUUGGAAAACGCCAAACUCAAACUCGAAAAGGACUUCAUCAGUCUGCAGUCAGCCUUGGAGUCAGAAAAACGGGAUCGAAGCCAAGGCUCUGAGAUCAUAAGCGAUUUGCAAGGACGAAUCUCUGGUCUGGAGGUGGAGCUCAGAAAUGUAAAAGGUUCAGUAUCCAAAGCUGAAAUGGACAAAAGGCAACUUCAUGAGAAGCUGACAGACAUUCAAAAGGAGAAGAAUAACAUUGAAAUAGACAUGACUUAUAAAUUGAAAGUGCUGCAGCAGAGUCUGGAGCAGGAGGAAGCCGAGCAUAAAGCUACGAAAGCACGGCUAGCAGACAAAAACAAGAUCUAUGAAUCCAUUGAGGGAGCAAAGUCAGAGGCCACGAAAGAGAUGGAAAAGAAGCUUCAGGAAGAAAGAACGUCAAAAAUGAAGGUGGAAAACUUGUUGCUGGAGGUUGAGAAGCAGUGCUCUAUGCUAGACUGUGAUCUCAAACAGUCAUAUCAGAAGUUAGAAGAGUUAUCUAGGCAGAAGGAAAAACUAACAGAAGAGGUGAAGAAUCUGACGUUGAAAAUAGAGCAGGAGACACAGAAGCGCAGUCUGACGCAGAACGACCUGAAGAUGCAGAGCCAGCAAGUGAACUCUCUGAAAAUGUCAGAGAAGCAGCUCAAGCAGGAGAUCAAUCACCUCUUGGAGAUCAAAUCGACCCUGGAGAAACAGAACAGUGAGCUGCGCAAGGAGCGCCAGGACGCAGAUGGGCAGAUGAAAGAACUUCAGGAUCAGUUGGAAGCUGAGCAGUACUUCUCGACCCUGUAUAAGACCCAGGUUCGAGAACUGAAAGAAGAAUGUGAAGAAAAGAACAAGCUGUGCAAAGAAAUGCAACAGAAGCUCCAGGAGCUGCAAGAUGAGAGAGAUUCCCUGGCAGCACAGCUGGAGAUCACUCUGACCAAGGCAGACUCUGAGCAGCUGGCUCGCUCCAUUGCUGAGGAGCAGUACUCUGACCUGGAGAAAGAGAAGAUCAUGAAAGAGCUGGAGAUCAAAGAGAUGAUGGCCAGGCAUAGACAGGAGCUCACGGAAAAGGACUCUACAAUAGGAUCGCUGGAGGAAGCAAAUAGAACAUUAACCAGUGAUGUGGCAAAUCUAGCAAAUGAGAAGGAAGACUUGAACAACAAAUUAAAAGAAACUCAGGAACAACUGCAGAAGGUGGAAGAAGAAGGACGUGUCAUGGCAAUGACCAAGUUGCAGUUUGAGAAACAAUUGCAGUGUGAAAGAACACUGAAGACACAGGCUGUCAACAAGCUGGCGGAGAUCAUGAACCGAAAGGAAGUGCGGGUGGGAGCGGGCAGCAAGCGAGGGAACGACACUGACGUGCGCAGGAAAGAGAAGGAGAACAGGAAGCUGCAGCUGGAGCUCCGGUCUGAGAAGGAGAAACUAAACAGCAUGCUGAUCAAGUACCAGAAAGAGAUCAAUGAGAUGCAAGCGCUCAUAACUGAUGAAAGUCAGGUACGAAUUGAGCUGCAGAUGGCACUGGACAGCAAAGACAGUGAUAUUGAGCAGCUCCGCUGUCACCUGGCCUCUCUAAAUAUUCAAAGUUUGGACACAACAAGUAUUGGCAGUGGACCAGAUUUCGACACAGAUGAUGCAUACCCUGUUCGUAUCACUCAUUCCCACACUUCGGAGGCCAUGUCUUUCACCUACCAGCGCUCAUCUACCUCUGUUGGCAUUGACACUAAGCCUUCUCGAUCCUGUUUGCUUUUUGACUCUGAUUCUGACUUAGAGGAAGAGCCUGAACCUCAACCUGAACUUUUCCCUCACACCCCAUCAGAAACUGAGAACACAGAGUCAAGAUUGGAAGGGUGGCUCUCGUUACCACUUAGGAACAAUACUAAGAAGUUUGCAUGGGAGAAAAAGUAUGUUGUCGUGAGUAGCAAGAAGAUUCUGUUCUACAACAGCGAGCAAGACAAAGAACUGUCCAAUCCUUACAUGGUUUUAGAUAUCACCAAGCUGUUCCACGUCCGACCAGUAACGCAGACGGAUGUAUACAGAGCAGAUGCCAAAGAGAUCCCAAGAAUUUUCCAGAUCCUGUAUGCUAAUGAGGGAGAGAGCAAAAAAGAACAAGAGUUCCCUGUAGAACCACUGCCUAUUGGAGAGAAGUCGAGCUACAUUUGCCAUAAAGGACAUGAGUUUAUUCCAACACUAUAUCACUUCCCCACUAACUGUGAGGCUUGCACAAAACCUUUGUGGAACAUGUUUAAACCCCCACCUGCCUUGGAGUGCCGUCGCUGUCACAUCAAAUGUCACAAGGAUCAUAUGGACAAAAAAGAGGAGGUUAUUGCUCCUUGUAGGGUGAACUACGACAUUUCAACAGCAAAAAAUCUGCUGUUGCUUGCCAAUUCACAAGAAGAGCAGCAGAAGUGGGUAAGUCGGCUGAUAAAAAAGAUUCCAAAGAAGCCCCCUGCACCAGAUCCUUUCUCCAGAUCUUCUCCUAGAGCUUCCAUGAAGGUACAACCCAACCAAUCCACCCGCCGACCGAGCCGGCAGCUUCCACCAAACAAACCAAGAUGAAACUUCCUCAUGUCAUUUCCAAGAAGGUCAAGGCUCAAAUUCUCACACUGUGCAUUGGACAUUGAUUUCAUGUCUUCUUUUUGUGCCUGCAACAGCCCUCCCUGGCCUGACCCCUCCACGGAUUAAAAGUGAAGAAUCAAGCAUCGGAAACGCUCCCAAAAUUAAAAUCUGAACAAAGAUUUUUAGUUUUGUUUAUUCUAUCAGCAAAACUGUAUUAUAGAAAUAUUAUCAAUUAUAAUAUUUUCUAUUUUAAAUGUGAAAGUGUGCAAUGAAUGAUGCAACACUGGACCUAGUCUGGAUGUAGUUUCACAGAAAAGCUCCAAGAGUUUUGUGCUUGCGGCAGCAUGACCUUUUUUUUUUUUUCUGCGCCUGGAUUUGUUUGUUUAUUUUUCCUUAAGCAUGUACUUCAGUGCCCUUACGAAAUAUGAAAUAUAAACUACAAACUGAACCUGGUGUGUUUAACAAUUUGAGAUUAUUUGCAGGAUUGUGUAAGAAUGUAAAUGCUUGUAUGUGUUUUAGAUGAUGUUUACAAGUGUAGCAUGUUCUACUUAGGAAAUGCUAUUCUAUAGAUUCUAUCCUAUGAAGGUUAUGCCGAAUUAUUUUGUUUUAGUGAAGUUACUUGAAGGGUUUCAUAUACCAUAAGUAUCUGCACUAAAUUUUACAAUUAUGUAAAAUGUAUGUAGUCUUCAGCCAUUAUACUGCAUGCUCCCCUGUGUCCCCGUUAAAAAUCUUGUAGAUUUUGUGUUUUGUAGGAUGUACGUACAGGAUCGUAGACCUUUCAUUUGAUAUAAUAUUUUAAUACAAAAUAACUUAUUUAAUCAAGUUAUUUUUUAAAGUAAUGUUUGUAAGUGAUCGUGACUACAUUUUGGGUCUGUUGACUAUCUACAAAAUGUUGGAGUGAUAUACAGAGGGUAUACAAAUUUUAAAAAGAAUUUAUAAGACAAUGGUUUAGGUAUGGUGUUGGAGCAAGAAUGCAUAUUUGAAUGUAGCUAGGACUGGUAUUACAAUAAAGAAAAAAGGGCCUGGACAGAAGAGUGUUUUCCAUGUUUGUUUCUUAUUAAAUACAAUCCACCAUCUUUUCUUUUGUCUUUCCAGCUAACUUCCUUUUAUUGGGAUGCAGUCACUCUUCAAGGUGAUGGGUUUCUUCCUAACACAAAAGAGACUGAAAAACAUAUAUGGCGUACCAAAAAUGCACAAAAUGCUACAUAUUUUUUAGAAAGACUUAUCUAUGUAUCACCAUGGUUUACAGCACUGCUAAAAUGUCAAAUACUAAUCCUGAGGGUAAUAGAUAGGGUUCUUGGGAUACUAACCAGCUUACUGGGUCUCUGUCUUAUGUGCACACUUCUGCAAAACUUGUGGCACUAGCUGCUGAAUCACAAGUAGGUUGUUCUCCACAGUAUAAGCAUGCAACCUUUUUGUAUCAUAUCCUGCUUGCGUAACUACUGCAUCACCCCCAACAGAAUGUCAUGAAGUUUGCUUUGUUUGGGACUGCAAAGACUGAUCAUUACAAAGACAUUUCGGAGGAAAUUUGCUGGAUACAUAAUGGAAUGGAGUUUUGAAAUAUCACACACAGUGCACGCCAACUGCUGUAAAAAACUAUCGGUAAUAAUUUGGAUUGGCACCCAAGCUAUUGUAAUUUUCAUAAAACAAAACUUUUAUUUAUUUAUUUUUCUUCACAUUUGCAGCUAUGCACUUGUAUAAAGCCUUUGUGGUUAUUAGGUUAUAUGCUUACAAGAUCAUAUGGAUAUCAUGCUGCAUGUGAAUGUUGAUCAGCUUUGAUAGCGAUAAAGUUUCAGAAUGUUACUUUCAUUAGAACGUACUUGGUAACAACUGCUUCAGUUUCUGUCAAAAUAUUGCCUUAAUUUAUAAUUGUGUUUGCCCAUUCCUAGAAAGUGAUGUUUACUUACUGUUAGAUAAUUGAUGUUAAACCAAGUUAGUGCACUAUUUGUAUGCAUAACUAUUACAUUGGUGUAUUCCUAUCUUUUUGAAUGUAUACCUGAACAAAAAGCAUUAUAACUCUAAUUUGAGCAAUGUAAGAAGGAAAAUGUACAUUUCAUAUCUAAAUUUUAAUAUAAAGGAGUUACCUUAUUACCUAAAAGAGUGUUAAUCUCUGUUGUGUAUUGUUUUCAUAUCUCCCUCACUAAGUGCUGACAUUUUGUAUUUGUCUUUGGUUUGUGUAUUCUAGAUGUGUUUUAUUAUUCCUAAAAAAGAAAAAAAGAGAGCUUCUGUGACUUAAUUUUACUAAAAUCUUACAGCACAUACAUAUAAUUCACAAACUCUAAAAUAUUUAACUAAAACAUACUGUAGGUGUAUUUUAACACAUAGUGAUAGCUACAGGGCUUCCAGUAAUGUGUUGUGAGAAUUCUCAUAGCUGGAAAGAGAAUCCUCAAAAUUGGCCCUCAUAUAUUUAUAAAAAUAUUAUUUGACAUGCCAUCUUACAAAAAAAAAUGUAUAAUUUAUAUUGGCCUGUCCACUUUAUAUUUAAAAUGCUACAUUGAAAAUGCAUGUUUUAUACAGCUACAGUAUGCUAAAAUAAAAUAAUGUAAAACAUAUUUGACAAUAAAAUUAUGUAGUCUUCAA